AUGUAUGCUGAGUAUGCAGAGAGACACAAUGCAGCUGCUGCAGCUAAUGUGCCAUCUCCUCCACCUCAAGAUGAUCAGUCUCAGAGUUCAUCUCAAGCAAUUUCACAAAAUUCUCAAGAGCAAGCAGAGGCAGCAGCAGAUACAGUUUUCGAUUCCAUUGUCUCUUACUGUGUGAUUCUAGAGCUUGGUUGCAGAGGAGAUUGA